GGAAUCCUGCCCCACGUGACUCGCGCUGUCACGUGAUCGCCAGACGUCAGGAGGUCCCUGCCGAGAAGGAGCCCCAGCUAGCCUUCAGAUAAGACUGCCCGUUACCGGCGGAGGCUCCGUGAUACGUGGGGACCGGGAGUCUCGGCGGCGCAGCUCACAGGAACAAUUGUGCACUGGUCGUGAUUUCCCUGAACAGAAAUGGCUUCUAUGCUACUUAGCAGACAUAUGACACAGGCGUUGCAGCAAAACUCCAGACUACUCGCACCAUGUUGCAGGUAUAUCAGUCAGGCUGCUGCCAAAAAGAAUGUUGAUUUCGAGUACGAUGCUCCAUUAAUGAAGACUGAAGUCCCAGGACCAAGAUCGAGAGAGCUAAUCAAACAGUUGAACAGUAUCCAGAAUGCAGACGCCGUGAACUUUUUUUGUAAUUAUGAAGAAAGUCGUGGUAAUUAUCUUGUUGAUGCUGAUGGCAACCGAAUGCUGGAUCUGUAUUCCCAAAUAUCCUCCAUUCCUAUUGGUUAUAACCACCCGGCCCUUAUCAAAAUUCUGCAACAACCACAAAACGUGAGCACAUUUAUCAACCGACCAGCCUUGGGUAUCCUGCCUCCUGAGAACUUCACAGAGAGACUGGAGGACUCCUUGUUAUCUAUUGGUCCAAAAGGAUUGACACAAGUAAUAACAAUGUCUUGUGGCUCCUGCUCCAAUGAAAACGCAUUUAAAUCAAUAUUCAUGUGGUACAGGAACAAGGAAAGAGGAAACAGCGGUGUAACAAAGGAGGAGCUGGAGUCCUGCAUGGUGAACCAGUUUCCAGGUUGUCCAGACUACAGCAUUUUAUCAUUCAUGGGAGGUUUUCAUGGACGAACAAUGGGGUGCUUGGCUACAACACAUUCUAAGGCUAUGCACAAAUUAGACAUCCCUUCUUUUGACUGGCCAAUUGCCCCCUUUCCAAGACUAAAGUACCCUCUUGAGAAUUUUGUUAAGGAAAACAAAGAAGAGGAGGAGCGGUGCUUGGAAGAGGUGGAGGAUCUGAUUGUAAAAUACAGGAAAAAGAAAAAGACCGUUGCUGGAAUAGUGGUGGAACCAAUCCAGUCCGAGGGAGGAGACAAUCAUGCUUCUGAUGACUUCUUCAGGAAAUUGAGUACAAUCGCUAGAAAACAUGGAUGUGCUUUUUUGGUGGAUGAAGUUCAAACAGGAGGAGGAGCUACUGGUAAAUUUUGGGCCCAUGAACAUUGGGGCAUGGAUGAUCCAGCUGAUGUGGUUUCCUUCAGCAAGAAAAUGAUGACAGGAGGAUUUUACCAUAAGGAAGAAAUGAGGCCUAAUGCACCAUACCGAAUAUUCAACACCUGGCUUGGGGACCCCUCUAAAACACUUCUAUUGACUGAAGUUCUAAACGUCAUCAAGCGUGAAGACCUCGUAAAAAACGCUGUCCAAGCAGGAAAAGUUCUUCUAGAUGGACUUCUAGAUUUCCAGUCCCGCUAUCCGCAUAUUGUGAGCAGAGCCAGGGGCAGAGGGACAUUCUGUUCAUUUGAUACUCCGAAUGAUGAAGCCCGAUCCAAGUUGAUAGCAAAAGCAAGAAACAAAGGUCUUGUGCUAGGAGGUUCUGGAGAUCGGUCCAUUCGGUUCAGACCAACCCUGGUUUUCAAAGAGCACCAUGCGCACCUGUUCUUGAACAUCUUCAAUGACAUCUUGGCAGAUUUGAAGUAGCUUUGUUGCCUUAGUCCAAAUGAAUCAGGAGGUCUCAAAAUAAGUCACGCUUCUUAAUCUCUGCUACCAUAUACGCACAGUUCAGGUCUAACCACAAUGGAUGGAGAAUAUUUUUGUGCUCAAGCCAAAACCGUGUCUCCAUAAAGAGUUUUAAUGUGCCACAAUAUAUAUUUUCAUAGGAAAACUAUACUUUUUUUUUUUUUUUUUUUUCUAGUGUACACCUUUCUGUGUUCAGGGAAGUUGCAAAAUAAUCAAGUAUUAAUAUUGUUAAUUAUGAAACAUUCAGACUGUGAAAUGAAUACUAAUACCCUGAAAAUGUCCGAUCCGUGUAUGUGUUGUCUUGUGUUAAUGAUUACAUAAGGAAUUUUGGGGCCUGUCCUAUACCAUGUCUUGUCGCCACAAUGUGAGCAUUUUGUUUGUGAGGUAAGUUUCCACCACUAUUCAGAUUUUAAUGGUUAGAUUAGAAGAUAUUAUAACUGUCUACUAAAUUAAUACCGCCUUACUGCCUGUGGUUCAUGGUAAUCUCAGUCCGCUGUUAAUGUAACGGCAGUAUUUGCAUGUUAUACUGUACAUAGAUAUUUCUUAGAUACUUUUAAGUAUAUCAUAUUUCUAGAGGCAAGACAGUAUUUUUCGGCCACUUGAUUUGGUGUCUUCUAAAGAAAUGCUUUUUGUACACAUUACACUGAGCCAUAUAUACAAGCAUUACACAUUGGGCCGGAUGCGCGUGUCCGUGCUAACAAUACAUAUUACUCUGCUGUGUCAUGGCCCAACCAUAGGGAAACCUAAGUAGAUGGAUAUCACGGUCAGCACAUGGACACGGAAAUCCAGCCUUACAUGUAGGUCCCAGAAGUGAGACCCACACCUAUCAAACAGUAGGGGCAUAUCCUAGCACUAUGCCCCUGUUUUCUGAGAUGGGAAUACCCCUUUAAGAUUGGAUCAAACGAGAAUAUUUCUAAUUGUCAGUAUGAAGGGUCAGUCAUGUGUCCUUGAUGUAGGAUACACAUGACUGGUAGAAUUCUGGAUGCUGAGGUUUAGGGUCCAUUCACAUGUCUGUAUGAAUGGGUCCAGAUCCGUUCCGUAAUUUUGCA